ACCUUUACCUGGCAACUGCUUAGACCUGCACACAGAGGAUCACUUUACAUUUUGAAAAUUGUCAUUGUAAAGGAAUCUACUCUGACUCAGUCACACAAGGGAUGGGAGCUGUGAGGAUUACAAAGAGCGAUAACAUUAAAUUUUAACCAUUCUUUCAACAGAGACUUUAGAAAAUCAACAGAGCAGGUCCUGAACCUCCACUGUCUCGCUUGGUUUCUUUGCAAAUGGCGGCUUUGAAGUUUUUCCUUCUAAUUUGUAUAAUAUCCACCUUUGGCCAAAAGAAGAAUGUUACUGCUCUUCAAAGUGAUCAGGUCUUGUGGGCUCUUCCUCAGUCGGACAGGCAUGUUGAAUUUCUCCAGAAUUUGACCACUACUUUUAAGAUUGUGCUGUGGCAGCCAGAUUCCCCCAAGAACAUCAUGAAGAGCAAAGAGGUUCAUUUCUACGUCAAUGUGUCUGAUGUCGGCAAUGUGAAAGCGGCGCUUAACCAAUCGACUGUUCCGUACAAAGUUUUGCUGGAAGACGUUCAAAAAAUGGUUGAGGCACAAACUCUCAACGACACUGUCUCCCCGCGGAGCUCUUUAUCGUAUUAUGAACAAUAUCACUCUCUAAAAGAAAUAUACUCCUGGAUGACAGAAAUAACCGCACAACAUUCGGAUAUCCUCCAAAAAAUACACAUUGGCGAUUCCUAUGAGAAACGGCCACUCUAUAUUUUGAAGCUUUCUAACAGAGACAGAAGUCCAAAGAAUGCUAUUUGGAUCGAUUGUGGCAUCCAUGCCAGAGAAUGGGUUGCUCCAGCCUUUUGUCUCUGGUUCAUAGGACACGCCACUCAGUUUCUACAGCGAGAUCGGGCCAUGGCAAGACUUUUGCGGCACGUUGAUUUCUAUGUCAUGCCAGUAAUGAAUGUGGACGGUUAUGAGUUCACAUGGACUACUAAUCGAAUGUGGAGAAAAAGCCGUUCCCUGCAUGGCAACAACAGAUGCACUGGUACAGACUUGAACAGAAAUUUUGAUGCGGGCUGGUGUGGCAUAGGGGCGUCUGAUGAUGCCUGCGAGGAGACAUACUGUGGACCUUAUCCUGAGUCUGAACCCGAAGUAAAAGCUGUGGCUAAUUUUCUCAGAAAGCACAAGAAUCAUAUUAAGGCAUAUAUAACAAUGCACUCUUACUCCCAAAUGGUUCUGUUCCCAUAUUCUUACACAAGAAAUAAAACUAAAGAUCAUGAUGAGAUGCAACUUCUGGCAAGCAAUGUAGCCAAUACCAUUAAAAGUAAACAUAGAAACCGCUAUGUUUCGGGCCCUGGUGCACAAACAAUCUAUUUAGCUCCAGGAGGUUCAGACGACUGGGCUUAUGACCUUGGCAUAAAGUAUUCUUUCACUUUUGAGCUUCGGGACAGAGGAACUUAUGGAUUCUUGCUUCCUCAGAGUUUAAUUAAACCAACUUGCUAUGAAGCACUUACUGGAGUCAAAAUAAUAGCUGAUCAUGUUGUUAAAAACAUGUGAAACCCCCUUUAUUCAAUUUGGCACUGCACAGUAUAGUAUCAGCUAACUUACCUGGCCCAUAGGGCAGCCUAAUUCAAGUUGCUUGGUAUUUUCAUUUCAGUGAAAAUUAAACUCUGAACAUGUACUUAUCCUGUCUUUUUAUUGCAAUACUAAUAGCAUACCUAGUACUUGUUAACUUCUCCACAUGGCUUUAUAAAUAAACCAGAAGACAAACUGUCAGGUUUCAAGCUCGCGUUCUCCAAGGGAAAAUGUUAGAAGAUGCCAAUCUGGAAAUGCGUUAAUAGCAUGUAUACUGCUGCUGUAUACAACACCUUCAUACAAGAUAGCCAAAUGUAAUCUCCGUGUGUAGAGGCAUGUGACCAAGAAUGAAUCACCGCUAUGUUCUUUGGAAACAUCCAAUCUUCUGGCCAGCCACUACUGGAAACAGAACACUGGGUUAGUUGGUAAGAGCUGUUCAAUAGUCGAAUAGAUUCCCUUGGAAGCUGGUGGUUUUUAAGCAGAAGUUGGAUGGUCAUCCACCAUAGAUGCUUUAGCUGAGAUUCCUGCAUUGCAGAGGGUUGGAGUAGAUUACCCUCAAGGUCUCUUCCAAGUGUACAAUUAUUUGAUCCUCAUCUUGUGCAGCAGGGCAGUUUUUAUAUUACAUCAAAAGACAACUCUGAGGAUACCGUGUUUCUCAUAUUUUAAGGCAUCCCUACAAAAUAAGGCAUGGCAGGAUUUUCCUGAGGUGGAAAAAUAUAAGGCAUACCUCGAAAAUAAGCCGUACCGGGUGGUGGAAGAAGGUCUGUGGCAAAGAAGGGUUGCUGCUGCCGCGUUAACCCCCGAGACCUGGCUGCAGCCUCAGUGCGCAGCGUGUGCAGCCCCACAACCCGGCUGUAGCUUUUGCGCACCGCGCGCGGACACCCGGAACCUAG